AAAAGGACGACCAGCAAUGGUUCCACUACUCGCUCUUGUGCUAUCUCUCGUCGCUGCAGUGCUUGCCAGCCCUGUUCAUUCACCGAGUGGACGCGGACAGUCGUGUUUUCCUGCUCUCGGAUUUGAGAUGCCAGAUGACACGCCUGAUUCGACAGAUGACUGGUGGUGCCCGUACGAAUCAGAGUACGCGUUCGUAGGGUUCAGCUACGAGGUCACCGCAUGUCAGAGUCUUCAGCAACUCCGACGUGAAUUUAAGGACAUACGCGAGCGAUUCAAUAGUCGGUACGUUCGCAUGUACGGAGCGUGCGAUCGAGAGGGCUUCUACGACGACAUUAUCACAGCAGCAUGGGAAGCCAACCUUGGCGUUCACGCUCUUGUUUGGUUCGGAUUCGAUGGUUCCGAUAUCUGGAUCUCUCGACGCGACACGCUUUUCGCUGCCCUACAUGCCAACCCCAAAGCGCCCUUUAUCACUCGCGUUGUCCAAUUCGGAUCUGAGCCUCUCUACGACGGAGUACUGGACGCUGAUCCAGACGCUCUGGCAGAGCAGGUCUGGGAAGCCAAAGCCAAUCUGUCGAGUCUAGGAAUUCCAGUAACGGUUUCGGAUAUGGCGUAUGGGUACCAGGAACGCGGGGGCGCGCAGUCUGUUUUGGACGCCAUAGACCUCAUCGACGCACAUAUGCUUCCGUUCUUCUCACAGCAGGCUUCGACAGCCAACAACUCGUGGCCUAUCGUUCUCACUGACUUGGACUGGUUCAUUGACAAUGGUGAAGGAAAGAAGAUAUACCUGAGCGAGAACGGAUGGCCAUCUGUCACUUCCGAAGGCGUGCAGCCCAACAGCCCCUAUGCAGUAUCUGACAUACCCAAUGAACACGAUUACUAUGUGCUACUCGACUCCAAAUGCGAGUUCUUCAAGACCGUAGCUGGGGGCGGCGUAGGCUGGUUUGCUCACAUCUAUUCGGACAACCAAGAACCUGGGUAUGGGAUCUACAAUUCUAAGGGGAAGAUGAAAUUCGAUUUUAGUCCGAGGACGGAGUGUUAGUUUAUUCUUUAGUAGUGUAUUAAGUUUCGAUAUGAGUAAUAUAUUAACAGAUAAUCGUAUAGACGAUGAGGGCGCGGACUGAUUGAUAACCAUUUUUUCCUCAGUAAAGCACCUCGUGACUG